CAGCGUGUAGAAGAAGAAAUCGAAAUAAGGGAAAAGGGAAAUAAAUCAUCAUCUGUGCACAUAUCGAGGUUUAACGUCGUUGUGAGAAGUUCUAUCACUACAAUGACUCGACACGGAAAGAACUGUACGGCUGGAGCUGUUUACACAUACCACGAAAAGAAGAAGGAUACAGCGGCGUCUGGUUAUGGGACACAGAGUGUUCGACUGGGCAAAGAUGCCAUCAAAGACUUUGACUGUUGCUGUCUUUCUCUUCAGCCCUGUCACAGUCCUGUUGUCACUCCCGAUGGAUACUUGUAUGAAAAACAGGCUAUUCUGGAAUACAUAUUGCACCAGAAGACAGAAAUUGCCAAAAAAAUGAAGGUAACUGAACACCUGACAGGACAUUUACACUAA